CAUACGAUCUCAGAUAUGAUGGCAUUGAAAUUAAUAGGAUUUUUGAUACUCUUGGGUCUUUGCGUGUCAUGUGCAACCGCUGAAAGUUUUCAACCUAUACGUCCACGUUUCAGUAAGGAUCCUGGACGUAUUAUCAAUGGCACUCUGGCCUCCAUGGAGGCCACAAGACAUCAAAUUGGCUUGCGUAAACGUUUAAACGAUGGCUAUUUCUUUGGCACUGGACAUUUGUGUGGUGGCUCUUUGAUACGUUACAAUUGGGUUCUAACCGCUGCCCAUUGUUUUGUGGAUCAGAUUAUCUACGAUGGCACUUUCUUGGACAAGGAUUUGUUCAUCAUUGUCAUGGGCAAUUUGGAUCGUUUUAAUGCCACAAAUACCCUUACAUUUGACAUUAAGCAAUUGUUUUUGCAAGUGGAGCAAUUCAAUGUGAGCACAUACAAUAAGGAUAUCGCCCUGAUAGAACUGGAUGGUUAUGUGCCAGUUAAUCAUCCCACCAUUCGGCCCAUUGAUCUAGGAGCAUUGGAAGUGCCAACAGAUACCGUAUGCCAGGUCACAGGUUGGGGCCUAACCGAAGAGGGUUAUAAUUCUGAUUAUUUGAUGACCGUCGAUGUGCCAAGAAUAAGUGAUCAGGAUUGCCGCAACAGUUUGCUGGGUGGCAACAUAUUGCCUGGAAUGAUAUGUGCUGGCUAUUUGGAAGUGGGUCAACAGGAUGCUUGCAGUGGAGACUCUGGUGGACCGCUUGUAUGCCAAAGUCAGUUGGCUGGCGUAGUUUCAUGGGGCAUUUCAUGUGCUCUGCCUAAUUAUCCGGGUGUCUAUACAGAGGUUUCCUAUUACUAUGACUGGAUAGUCAAGACAAUCGAGGACAAUGAAGAUGGCAGUGGUGAGAAUAGUGGAAGUGGUAGUGGUGAAAGUAGUGGAGAUCACAGUGGAGAUGAUGAUGAUGGCAGUGGAGAGGAGGAUGGCAGUGGAGAGGAGGAUGGCAGUGGAGACGGUGGUGGUUCAAUGAUUGCUGUUACCUGCACACUUACUCUUCUUCUACCAGCUCUACUUGCCUUAAGGCAUUAAGGAAUUUUUUUGUUAUUAUUAUUAUGUUUUUUUUUUCCUGUAUAUAUGUAAA